CCUGCUGGUUAACAAUACUCCACCACUCCGAUUCGCAUGCAUUGCCUUGCCAGCCCGUUAUCAUCUGAUAAAAGAAGCAUUCUGGUAUGUGGCCAUGAAUGAGUACCUCCGUAGGUACCUACUUCCCCUCACUAUUUCGACUACUCGCAAGCUUACCUCAAAACCCAUCAAUUCCAACUCCAACUCCAACUACUGCUUUCCUGAUUAAUAGGUCCCUGGAUCAAGGAAUUUCUCACAUCAUAAGUCUGUCUCCGCAUCUCUGCAUCAGUCUGCCUCUUGCCCAGAAUGACCACCACCCAAUCACCCAGCCACCAAGCCACCAAGCCAACUACCCGACUACCUGGAGACCAACAUAUCCGUAUCUCGUAUCUCGUAUCCCAAACCCCAUACCCCAUCCCAGAUUCCUCAACUUUCUACCAACUCCUCAGCUUCUACCAACUCCUCAGCUUCCACCACUACCAACAGCUUCACUACCAUCCCCACCAACAAGCAAAAACCGGAAUCGACGGAGGCAACCUGAGUCCAACACUUCCAUUUCAUAAAGUGUUUACCCCAUUCCAAUAAGAAUCAAAUCCCAAUCCCAAUCCCAAGUCCGACUCCGAGUCCGAUACGUCCGUACGUACGUACCUACUCAUCACUAUUUUCAC